AAGGGUGGGUCCCCUCAGGCCUUCCGCGCCCGGGUUGCCAUGGUUACCUGCUCUCGCCCGUAGAGGAUCCGCUCUCACGGGCCCCGGUGCCCGCCGUCGCUUCACUCCAAAAGCCUCGGACGCCAGGAGCCGUCUCUUGCGAUUCAUAGCCCGGAUCUCAGGGUUCCGGGUGGGAGGGGGUGGGGGAGAAGACGCCUGAAGACAGCGUUUUCCGGCGCAGAAUAAUGACGACAGGCCUCCGGCUGGUCGUCUCGGCUUGAUGACGCAGGCAGCCUCACUUGAGCGCGCGGCGGCGGCGGCGGCGGCGGCCGUGGCGCGAGCGGCUGUCUGCAGACCGACCUCGCCCCCUCGGGCCCUCGGGCCUUCCCUGAGGGCGGAUGAUCGCGUCGCCAGCACCGGCACCGGCACCGUGCUUGCAUCCUUCCCCGGCUCCUGACGUGCUGCUGCCCUGACGCCGUAGCCUCGAGGAGGCGGAGGUCAGGAUUGGGAGCCUUGAGGACCCCAUGGAGCCCAGAGGGACCAAGAGGAAAGCGGAGAAGACAGAGGUGGCCAAGCCUUGGAACAAGCUGCCCCUGUCGGUACCCUCGCUGCGCACAGCGCCCUCUCUGUACUCGGGACCCUUCCCGUUCUACCGGCGCCCUUCCGAACUGGGCUGCUUCUCCCUGGACGCACAACGCCAGUACCAUGGAGAUGCCCGAGCCCUCCGCUACUACAGCCCGCCCCCCAUCAACGGACCUGGCCCAGACUUUGAUCUCAGAGAUGGAUACCCUGACCGAUACCAUCCCCGGGACGAGGAAGUCCGAGAGAGGCUGGACCAUUUGCUACGCUGGGUUCUGGAACACCGGAACCAGCUGGAGGGGGGUCCAGGCUGGCUGGCAGGGGCCACAGUGACAUGGCGAGGGCACCUGACCAAACUGCUGACCACACCGUAUGAGCGGCAGGAGGGCUGGCAGCUGGCAGCCUCCCGGUUCCAAGGGACACUGUACCUAAGUGAGGUGGAGACCCCGGCCGCUCGGGCCCAGAGACUUGCCAGGCCGCCCCUCCUCCGGGAGCUCAUGUACAUGGGCUACAAAUUUGAGCAGUACAUGUGCGCAGACAAACCUGGAGGCUCCCCAGACCCCUCUGGGGAGGUUAACACCAACGUGGCCUUCUGCUCUGUGCUACGCAGCCGCCUGGGGAGCCACCCUCUCCUGUUCUCCGGGGAGGUAGACUGCCUAGACCCCCAGGCCCCUUGCACACAGCCGCCCUCCUGCUACGUGGAGCUCAAGACAUCCAAGGAGAUGCACAGCCCUGGCCAGUGGAGGAGCUUCUACAGACACAAGCUGCUGAAAUGGUGGGCUCAGUCGUUCCUCCCAGGGGUCCCAUAUGUUGUUGCCGGCUUCCGGAACCCAGAAGGUUUCGUCUGUUCCUUAAAGACCUUUCCUACCAUGGAGAUGUUUGAAAACGUCAGGAAUGACCGAGAAGGCUGGAAUCCCUCUGUGUGCAUGAACUUCUGUGCUGCCUUCCUUAGCUUUGCCCAGAGCACAGUAGUCCAGGAUGACCCUGGGCUUGUCCACCUCUUCUCCUGGGAACCUGGUGGCCCUGUCACUGUGUCUAUUCAUCGGGAUGCACCCUAUGCCUUCCUGCCCUCAUGGUAUGUGGAGGCUAUGACCCAAGACCUGCCAUCACUCUCAGAGACUCCCUCCCCCAAGGACUGAGGACACACAAUCUGGGCUUUGCGGAUAAUAAAGGCGUGUUUCUAAGUAG